CGUGCUGCUCUGCUCAAUGGCGGCCCACCAUGUCGCCUUGUCUGUUCUCAUCCUUGUCGUCCCCCUGCUCGCGCCCAGCGGCCUCGUCGCAACAGAGCCGUGGCCACUGUGCGGCGACAGCCGCGAAUACAACGACAAGAGCCAGUACCAGGCCAACCUCAACCUCGUCGCCGCCGCGCUCCCCACGAACGCCUCGGCGUCGCCCAACCUCUUCGCCACCGCCGAGGCCGGGGCCGUCCCGGAGAAGGUCACGGCUCUCGCGCUCUGCCGCGGCGACGCCAGCUCCAGGGCCUGCUCCAGCUGCCUCGUCAACGCCUUCGCCAACCUCCCGAACGUGUGCCCCGGCUCCAAGGAAGCUGUCAUCUACUACGACGCCUGCAUGCUCCGCUACUCCGACGUGCAGUUCCUCUCCGCCGACGACUCUGAGCCCCUGGGCGUGGAGCUCACCUACACGGUCCGCAACGACGCCAACGCCACGUCGGAGCCGGGCCGGUACCAGCGCGCCGUGGCCACGCUCAUGAACGCCACCGCGGACUACGCCGCGUACAACUCCACGCGCCGGUACGCCACCGGCCAAGCCGACCUCGACCGGGAGUUCCCCAAGGUGUACAGCUGGGCGCAGUGCACCCCCGACCUGACGCCCGGCCGGUGCCGGGACUGCCUCGCUCAGUUGAUCGCGCAGUUGCCGGUGCAGUUCACGGAUAGUAUCGGGGGCAGGCUUCUUGGUCCCCGAUGCAGCUUCGAGUACGAGACCAAGCCCUUCAUCAAUGGCCCGGUGAUGGUGCAGCUGCCAGCAACGUCCGCGAGCUCUGGAGCGCCGGGGCCGGCCGUGGCUCCUACAUCGGCGACAGCAGAGGGGAGAAAGUACAGUGUUCCUGGCAUGGUUCUUAUCAUUCUCUUGCCUACAAUAGCAGCCAUAAACCUCAUUGUUUGGCUCUUUUCAUGGAGGAGGAGGAGGCAGGCACUUGCAAAGGCAAAGCAACCAGAUCCAAAUUAUUCCACUGAUGAAGCAGAGGACAUGGAAAGUGUGGAGUCAAUGUUAAUUGACAUUUCAACUUUGCGGGCUGCAACCGAGGAUUUUGCAGAAAGCAACAAACUCGGCAAGGGUGGAUUUGGCCCGGUGUACAAGGGUACUCUCCUAAACGGCGAUGAGAUCGCAGUCAAGAGAAUGUCCAAGAGCUCAACACAAGGAGUGGAGGAGCUCAAGAAUGAGCUCGCCUUAGUUGCAAAGCUGAAGCACAAGAAUCUUGUUAGACUUGUCGGUGUCUGCUUGGAGCAACAAGAGAGGCUACUCAUCUAUGAGUUUGUUCCUAACCGAAGCCUCGACCUGAUCCUUUUCGCAGACGAAGCGAAACGUCAAAAACUAGAUUGGGAAACGAGGUUCAAGAUCAUAAAUGGAGUGGCUCGAGGCCUGCAAUACCUCCAUGAAGACUCUCAGCUCAAAGUAAUCCAUCGUGACCUCAAAGCGAGCAACGUCUUGCUGGACAUGAACAUGAACCCGAAAAUCUCGGAUUUUGGCCUUGCCAAGAUUUUCGGGAGAGACCAGACCCAGGGUGUGACGAACCGCGUCAUCGGCACAUAUGGAUACAUGGCGCCAGAGUACGUGAUGCGUGGGAACUACUCGGUGAAAUCAGACGCUUUCAGCUUUGGCGUUUUGGUCCUGGAGAUCAUGACAGGAAAGAAGAACAGUGACUGCUACAACUCCCAGCAAUCUCAGGAUCUCUUGACCACAGUAUGGGAGCAUUGGGUGGCCGAAACAGUGUUGGAAGUGGUAGACCCAUGCAUGAACAAGAGCUUCUCGGAGAGUGAUGCGCUGAGGUGCAUCCAUGUCGGGCUUUUGUGCAUCCAGGGCAACCCGGCAGACCGGCCGAUGAUGUCGACGGUGGCCAUGAUGCUUGGCAGCAACACAUUCUCUCUCCCUACUCCGUCGAAGCCGGCAUUCUACACUACAAACGAUGGUGCCAAUUCGAGCACCGGGUCAAGCGUGUCGAUCCCAUCAGUGCAAGCCCGGUCAUAGAGUUUACUUCAUAGCAACAAUUUCAGCGUAAAUAGCCAAUGUAUCUAUGGUCCUAUUGCACCCGAAUUGGAAAAAUAAUUUAGACAUUACAAAAGGAGUAAAAAAAUCCUGAA